AUGAUUAGUGGCUCUCACGUUGGAGCCACCGCUAAUCAAGCCGUACAGUGGCGAGGCAAGGCAGAGGAAACAUUGCGAAAAGCUCAGAAGGUGUGCACCGUCGCACAGUCGUCGUUGCAAAAGACUCUAGAAGAAUUGACCGUUCAACUACCGAGUGAAUUAGAGUCUGUUGAGUAUUUGUUUGAGGCUUACCAGAACCAAUAUGAAUUAGUGGACAACCAGAUAAAAUGGUUGAAAAAAACGUUGAAUGAUCAUGUUGAUAGAGUAUUUAUUGACAUAGAAGGUAUGCUAGACCCUAGUUUGGAGGAAUUGGACGCCAUAACCACGAAAAUGAGGAAUAUCAAAGUACCAGCGUUUGUUUUAACUUCCAGCGAAAAGACACUGAAGACUUUGCUCGACUUUAUAGCAACAGAGUCAAUUGAUCUUAUCAAAGAAAACAUUAACAUAUACCGUACAAAUUGUACCAAGGUUAAGCAAUUGCUACUGGAUGAAUUCCAAAAAGGCAUCUUGACCCCGUUUCAACAGUUCACCGCGCAAUACAGCGUCAUUGAUAAAGAAUUUGACUGCUUAGGACCAAUUCAGAUUGAACUAAGGACUGCGCAUGGGAAUAUAUUAGAGUCGAAGGGUGUUUUGGGAACUACUCUAAAAGAAAAUCAAGCGCUAGAGAAUGAGUUAGUUUCGAUUCUACAGAUGUUGACCAAUCAUUUUGACCAAUGCAAUAAAGCCGUGGAGUUGCUAUCCUUGCCUAGCAGCAAUGUGAAUGUUAACAUCGAAGUUCUAGCCAAUGACGCAAAUGAAUUGGGAGAGGUUUUUAAAGAACUCAACGCAAUUUACGAAAUUAUAUUGACUAAUGAGACAAAAUCAACCAAGACAUUCCUGCAGUAUGCUUCUUUUGUUGACAAAACGCGCAACCUUGUAAAGGCGGAAAUGGUGAAAAUGAGAAACUUUAAAGUGAGUUCCUUACCAAAGUUUUUAGUGCUACUACAAGAAUCAGUAAUCAUUUUACAAACGUGCUCAAUUACUGACGCAACGCUCGCCGAGCUCUCACCGUGCGAUAUUUAUUCAGAGACUAUUAAGCAAUUGAUCUUCCACUAUACCCAAUUCAUUGAUAUAUAUCAAACGAAAUACCUAACGGAGCUACACCAUGAACAAUUUAUAUAUCCAAAGAAAUUUUUGAAGAGGAUCGGAGACUUUUUGCAUGAGGAGUUGUAUCGUAUGCAACUUGAAGAAACAAAUCACAGAAAAUCUUGGCUUACAAAAUAUGGGGAGUUCAUUCCAAGGGAAUUUAAGUUGCCAGGGGAGGAUGAGAUGCCAACGGUUGUGCAGGUCAUAACAGAGGGAUUGGAACAUAUACAAAAAGAAGAUGGAGUUGAAAAGUUUAACGAUGGAGAGGAGAAGUAUUUGUUAGAUUUGAUUAGAUCACUAAAGGAAAAUUAA